UCAAACAAGAAUAUCCAUGCAAUCCCAUCCUCUCAAUCUGUAAUAUAUAGAGCUGCUGACGUUAGUAGUCAUAAAACCGACAGCCCUUCGACUAUAUACAGACCUGCUAACAAACAUCGCAGUAAAGCUAACAUCAAACAAGCUAAUUUAACUUCAGUCUGGACGAAUGAAACCACUCCAAUCUCAAAAAUGGAUAUCGACCUCAGUGCUGUCGGUGUGUCCCAGGCAUCGAGUCCCACAAGCAGCUUUGUUGUCGGAAGGUACGUCAAUCCGUUUAAUAAAGUCUCAACCAAAUCAAACCUCAACAUGUCUUCAACAAAAACAGGACUUAACAAUUAUAAACCAGUUCGGUUUUCAGAUAUAGCAGGUAGCGCCUUCUUCACAAAACCACGUUCUGCCGUCAGCAAGGCAAAGGAAGAAGUGGAUCUCGUAAGUGAUCAAAACGCCUCCAAUUCAACCCAAUUGAUGGAGGAAAUCUUUAAAGAGCUGCUUUUUGGCACAACAAUAGGCAAUUCCUAUAUGACCUUGGCCUUACAAAAUGAAACUGAUGAAAGUGAUUUGGAUUUAAGUGGACCUGAGCUUAUGACAACAGCUGCUAUGGACAUCACCACACGAUCUCAGCUUCCUAUAGACAUCACCACACGAUCUCAGCGUUCAUUUACAGAAGACUAUACUCUACCUCAACCAACUGUCUAUUCGUCUGAGCCACAGCUGGAUCAUACUACAUCUACAGCAGAGGGUACUGAUCCAUUUUAUGAGGGAACAUUGAUACCCAAUACCACUUUGUUGGUCACAAUUACCUCAGGAUGAGAUCUGCCU